GUUUGAAUAUUAGUUAAUGAGUUUCCAUUGCGCAACUGAGAAUACUCACAGCAAAAGCACACAGUCGCAAUUUUGGCUUUGACUAUCGCUGCAACACACGCUUGAAGCGAAGUACACCCACAAACACACACCUACACGCACUUUAACACACACGCACACACAGAAAAGCGACCAAUGCAAAAAUGUCGCAACCACACGAACCGCAGACGCCUGACGUGCCACACAAUCAGAACACAAAUACAGACACCGACCACAGCAGCACAGAUUACAACAACACAUCCCACACACCACCCAGCCCAUCCAUACCAAAUGAGCUGAAGCAGCGACAGAAACCAUCGCUCUCACCGCUGAAUGUGCGACGACUUUCCUCUUAUGCCGCUCACAAUGAUGCCGCCGAUUUUGGGGCUGAUGAUGGUGUGGCGCCACCAUCGUCCACUACCAUCACAAUCAAUACGAUCAGCAACAACAACAAUAACACCAACACCAACAACAAUAACAACACAUCAUCAACAACGUCCUCAUCAUAUGCUACGCCACCAACAUACCAACAGCAAUUGUCAACAAUGACCACAACGACGCCGCUCGAUGCGGCCGUGGAUGAUAAAUACAAGUUAUUUACCAUUUACAAUGGAAACGACCCCGACAAUGAGAAGUUGUCCGGCCUUCCCCAUUCAACAACUGGUUCACUAAGCUCAAUCAUCACGACGUCUAUAGCAUCCUCCGAACCGGAUCCUGGUGCGGCGGGCAGCGGCGGAGGUGGAGGAAGUGGAGGUGGAGGACAUGGCGGCAACAGUGGAUCUGGCGCUCUGGUGGCAGCAGACGCAUCCAGCAUUGCCGGCAUCAAUGGCAGCUCCGAGGAGAAGUUGGCUUUAAAUCGGCCCGGCAUCAAACAAGAGAAAUGGUCAACCAUAUUAUUGCAGGUGUCCAUACCGUUCUUUCUGGCCGGCAUUGGCACCAUUGGAGCGGGAAUUGUACUUGGACGCGUCGAGAAAUGGUACGUCUUCCAGAACGUGAGCGAACUGUUUAUUUUGGUGCCAGCGCUGCUGGGCCUUAAGGGUAAUCUGGAUAUGUGUCUCGCCUCGCGCCUCUCCACGCAGGUCAACCUUGGGAACAUGACGUCGCGGUCGAAUGUGGUGCGCAUGAUUGUCGGAAAUAUUGCAUUGGUACAGGUGCAGGCAACGGUAGCCUCAUUUCUUGUGGCUAUGUUUGCCACGAGCGUGGGUGCGGCUAUGACCGGUAACUUUUACUUUGAGAAUGUGAUGCUGCUGACCGCAUCGGCCAUGUUUACGGCUACUUCGUCGUGCUUUGUGUUGGAUUUUGUGCUGGUGGCUGUGAUUCUGUUCUCUCAAAAGUAUCGCCUUAAUCCGGAUAACCUGGCCACGCCACUGGCUGCCUCCAUUGGAGAUGUUGUGUCAAUCAGUUUGCUGUCGUUUAUUGCCUCGCUGCUCUAUGACCACAUAAAGACCCAUCUGUGGAUCACUUUCAUUGUGGUUACCUGCUAUCUGGUGCUGCUGCCCAUGUGGGUUCUUAUUGUUCUGAAGAAUGAGUAUACACGGCCGGUGUUGAAGAGCGGUUGGGUGCCAGUGCUGUCAGCGCUCUGCAUCAGCGGGCUCGGUGGUCUCGUGUUGGACGCCGCUGUGGAGGUCUUCAAUGGUUUUGUCGUCUUCCAGCCGAUCAUUAACGGCAUUGGCGGCAAUCUGGUGUCGGUACAGGCCAGCAAGAUAUCGACCAUGUUGCAUCAGAGCUCAAUUAUUGGCAUUAUACCACCGCACACGAAAGUCGUCGAGUGGCCAUGGCGAGCACUCUUCAAGGGCGUGCCCUAUGCAAAAACGGCCCGCAUACUUAUCGCCAUGUCCAUACCAGGCAACAUAUUGUUCAUCUUUGUGGCCGAUUACAUAAACAUGAAUGCGACGACUGUAACGUGGGUGUUUAUGCUAUCCUAUUUAUUGGCCAGUUUGAUACAGGUAAUGCUGCUGCUCUACAUUGCGCACAUCAUUGUGCACGCCAUGUGGAAAUGGAAGAUCGAUCCGGACAACUCCUCCAUACCAUAUCUGACGGCGCUGGGCGAUCUGCUGGGCAGCAGUUUGCUGGCUCUCGCUUGGCUCUUUACAAUGUCGGUGAACAAGCAAUACGGCUCCAAUAUGGAUACACUGAAUGCGCCCAACUAGCAAAACUUCACUAACACGAUAGUUGCCUACAUACAUAAUCUACAUAGCUGUGGGGCCGCAUCCUUUUUGAUGGCGCCCAGUUUAUUAGUUAGCACGCAAUAGGAUAAUGCAAAUUUGGGAUAAUAUGAAAUUGCAUGUAAAGCAACUCAAUACAAAGAACUGUAAUGUACCUAAAUUCAAACAUAGAAAACUUACACGUACACAAAACAACGAUGAUAGACAUCAAAAGCACACACACACACAUAUAUAUAUAUUUAUAUAUAUAUAUAUAUAGCACAUAAAACCACACACACGACGACACAAAACCCAAAACAAAAAGACAAAAGACCUAUUCAAAUAUUUGUAAAAUAUUUCGAAUGUUUAAAUUGAGGAUGAACCAUUUCUUUUUGUAGCUUUCACAUGGCUUUUGCUUGUGUUCCUUUGCUCUACCAAGGCAUGUACGAGUAUAUAUUGUAAAUUUUGGGCGAUCUGACCUGUUAAGCCACAUGGCAGAGCGCUACGUAAUAGUUUUUUUUUAAGGCUUUUAGGACAAUAUUAUACACAUACAAAUGGACUCCAAUGGGAGCUAAGUGCAUAUAACUUGUGCAACUUAAAACCAAACUAUCGGAUUUUCAUUUUUGUUGUCUUUUGUUUUCAUAGUGCACAGUUUUCCUUAAUCAGCAAAAUUAAAAAUAAUUUACACUGAAAAUAGACUUAAAUAUGGCCUACUUAAUUUUUAUAUAAUACAAUCUAUAGUAUUAGCGUUGAUUUGAUUUUUGCAAAUCUCGCUUUAUUGUUUUAAACAUAUAAAUAUUUUUUUCCUAAUAUUAGAAACGAAUUUUUUUUGCUUAGCACACCACCCAAAACCACAAUAAAUCCAUAUUUAUUACCUCUGCUAUAAAAGACCCAAGUGCAACCUUUUUUUUUUCUUUUAAUAAUAUAAGUAAAACAUAAUUGUAUUUGUAUGUAUUUAAAACCAGAAUGUAAUAUAAUGUAUCUAAUUAUUAUUGUUUGUGCGUUACGUAAAGCGAACAGGGAAAGUUGAGACGUUCUGAAAGGAAAUGUGAUCGAUAUUUAAUUAAAAUAAUAAUAAUUAUAAACUAAUGUAAUUCAUAUACAUAGCAUGAUUAUUGUGUAACAAUAAUUAAAAUUAAUUAAUAUGUUGGAAUAAACGAAGGAAGUUUUGUGAA